UGUGGUUUAUAUUUUAUGUGUGUAUGUAUAUGCAUAUGUAAGCCUUACACUGUAUUUCUCCUCUUUACAUGUGACCCAACAGCCAAUCAAACCGUGACUGAUCUGAUUGAGGAAGUCAAUAAUGGAUUCAUAAUGUUUGGGGAAUAUGUCGUUGGGGAUUUGGACAUCGCUUCCAGCACAAGAAGGAUUGCUAAUGGAUGCCCCAAGGAGACCUGCCUGUGGGCAAAAUCCGGAGACGGAAACGUUUAUAUUCCAUAUGUUAUAUCCAGCGACUACAGUGUCUAUGAAUCACAAGUAAUACAGAACGCAUUGGCAGAAAUUGCAAGCCUCACCUGCAUCCGAUUUAUCAAGCAGACAUCCGAGACCGAUUACCUUAGCUAUCAGCCUCAGGUUGGAUGCUGGUCUAUGAUGGGACGAAUUGGAGGUUUACAGACCAUCUCUUUGGAUACUUCUGGAUGUAUAGUGAAGGGAAUUGCCAUCCAUGAAUCCCUACAUGCCCUGGGUCUUCACCACGAACAUGUGAGGACGGACAGAGACAACUUUUUGCAUGUCCUGGUGGAUAACAUCGUGGAAGACUACACUUAUACUUAUACAGAGACUGAUACCCUCAAUGUUGAUCUAACCAAAUACGAUUAUGGCUCCAUCAUGCAUUACGCUAGAUAUUCCUUCUCCAAAAAUGGCAACCCUACACUGGAAGCCAUUCCUGACAACACUGUCAGUUUUGGACAGAGGUUUGGCAUGAGCAAUUUGGAUUUCCUAAAAAUCAAUACCCUCUACAACUGCUUGCCUGGUUUGAAAGCUUUUAAUGUUCAGACAACCACCACCACUGCCGCGCCUGUUGCGUUCAUACCCAAUACUUGUAAUGGUGUUCUGACGCUAAAAACCCAACAGGGAAUUGUCGCUUCCCCCAACUUCCCGAAGAACUACCCAAAUAAUGCCUACUGUCAAUGGACAAUCAGCACUACCUCUAAGAUUAAAAUCACCUUCACAGAUUUUGAUGUAGACGGUGACAUGAAGAGCGUCUGUACCGAUGUGCUUUGGAUCUACGACUCGCAGUAUAUGCUUGCUGCCUACCAGAAGGUCUUUUGUGGGCAGACAUUGCCACCAUCAUUUACAUCCCGAGGGAACAACAUGCAGAUCAUCUUCAACAGUGACGCCACUGUCUCUAGGAAAGGGUUUAGACUUGUAUAUGGACCAGCAUAAUGUAGGAAAACCCUCCAGAACUGAUUCCCCCGUCCCAUUUUGAAGAGAAGAGGCUGAUUUUGACAAAAAUGACAAUGACAAUUACAAUGCAUAAAUAGUAACAUUAAAAACGCUGUACUCUAAUAUUGCAAGUGUUUUUAAAGGUGUGUGAUUAUGAAGAACUUUAAUCUUAAACUUUUAUCUUGACAGUC